AUGGUUCAUGGCAGGUAUUACUCCGACAGUGAAUUACGAGCCCGUUACCGUUUCGGAAGAGAGUCAAUUUACAACAUCGUUCGCCUUGUUGAAGACGAUAUAAGGCCAUCGGCUAACAGAACCUUCCCAAUUUCGGCUACAAACCAAGUCCUAAUAACCUUAAGAUUUUUGGCUACUGGGAGUUUCUUACAAGUCGUUGGAGAUACUAUUGCAGGAGUAGACAAGGCUACGGUUAGCAGGGUUGUUCGUCGAGUAACUUUGCUUAUAGCUGCAAAACUUGACAACUACGUAAAAUUUCCGCAAACACAACAAGAAAAAGAUAUCAUCAAACAAGGUUUUUAUGAUCUUGGAGGCUUUCCAUGUGUUGUUGGUUGUGUUGACGGUUCACACGUGAUAAUUAUAGCGCCAGCUGACAACGAACCCGACUUCGUAAACAGAAAGGGGUACCACAGCAUAAACAUUCAAGGAAUAUGCGAUCACAAAGGAAAAUUGCUAAACUAA